GUACCUUUUUAUUCCCACGCUUCGUCACGAGACAGAGACAGGUCGUCUACGGAUAGUAACCCCCGACUUCACUCGCUGGAUGAAGUGAAUAAGCUUCUGGACCCGCUGCUGGCCAGACCACAGCACAGUCACAAUGUGAUGAGCUUUCCUUCCCUGACCAGUGCUGGCGACGCUGGUGGUUUCGGUGUCUGGGUUUCGGCUGACAGAUGCUUACUAUGUAUGUAUGGCGAUGCUAACAACCGCCGGGUGAUCCCGUCCUCGGUGGAACUUGCUCUGAUGGCCGUGAGGGGACGAGAGAUGCCCGGGAAACUCCAAGCGCUCAAGAAGCAGAUGAUUGACACCUGCUGUCGCUCGCGCUCGCGCUCUGGAAUCGGUGGAAACAGGGCGGUAGGCCGUUCGUUCUUCGUCGUUCUUGUCGUCGGUCGGCGCCGUGGCUUGGUCGCAGUAGCAACUUGCUGGAUGCCGGGACGGCUCGGUGGAUCGGUGAAAAGCCCCGCGUGCGAGCGGCGCUGCUGCCCGACGUCGUCGAGGGGGAUGAUUAGCCGGGCUAGGAUAGUCUUGUCUGUAACUUUGGCGGCGCAACAACCUCUUCCCUUUGAGACAGAGGCUCCGUUCGAGCUUGGCACGGGUUAGACGAGAGAACUAGUAGAGCCAACAACAAUGGAACAGGACGCAAGGCUUAUGACGUUUGUGAAGGUUUGCGGGCAAUGAUGCAUCCAAAAUCUACCAAGCUUUGCGGGCGUGCACGAGAUAAUUGCGGUCGUGCCUGAACGGGAGGGGUUUGGAGUCCUCUUAUAACGACAGUACCUAGAGACAACGAGGGCGAGUCGCAACGGAAUCAGAAUAGAGGAACGCGAAGUGAUGGUCAACCUGGACCCUGAGCGGGAUGGAAAAAAGGAAAAAAAGGUACCAAGUCUAGCAGCCAGGGUUGGGGUGGAAACUACAAUCAAGCCUGGUCCCUGCGGCCUGUGCUAAGAAUGUCUGC